AUGAAUAAGAAUGUUCUCUUUAUUUUUAAAUCUCCUGUAACAUUGGCUGGUGAUCCAAUAAAUGGAUAAUGUUGUGUAAGAAUUACUUAAGAGAUUCCAAAAUGUUUGAUUACCUUAUCAUUUAGUGCUAAACAAUAUUCUAAAAUCAUUGAGAAAUAAAAGGUAAACUAAAUUAAUGACAAAUUGAGAUUUUCAACAAUAAUCAAAGUUUGAUACCAGAAAAGGAAAUAGAGAAGAUCGAAAGAGUUUAAAUAUCGAUAGAUACACCAAAAAAACCUUAGAAAUAAAAGAAAUAUGAACUUAAUGGAAAUGUUAUGUAUAAAAUCAUAAAGUAAUAUGGGGAAAAAAGAAUGCUUAUUAGCUCUUAAGAUUUGUUUAAAGGAUAAGUUAAUCCAGGUGAUUAUAAAUUCUUCUUUUCAUUUCCAACAUUGGGUGAUAUGUCAUCUAGUUUCUUAUAUACAAGUCAAGAUGGUAUAAAUAAAAUAUAAAAUAAAGGAUUGAAAUCUGGAAAAUGCAGCUAUAAAAUUACACUUUAAAUAGAAUAGCCAGAUGAAGGUCUCACAAUUCUAAAAGAAAGUGCAGAAGUAUAUAUAAAUGCAAGAGUAUAAUACAGCGAUCAAAUUUAAAGAUAAAGUGAUGCAAAUAUAUCAUAAUUUUUUUGUUUAAGUGGAGGAAUAGUUUAUUUGUCUAUUAAAUUGAAUAAGUCUAAUUUUACACCAGGAGAACAAGCUAUAAUUGAAUAUCAACUCGACAAUUCAUUUUCACUAAAACCUGUAACUAGGUUAGAAAUAAGAGUAUUCAAUAAAUUAGUUUUUAUUGAUGAUGAUUUAAAUGAAAGGGUAAUAUAGAAUUAAGCUGUUUAUCAUCAAAUCCUAUAAGGGAUAAAUUAAGGAUAAAGAUAAGAGAAUUAAAUUGUAAAAUUUGAAAUACCCAAAAACUUGAAAGCCUCUAUAAGAAAUGAAACAAUUUUGAAUUAAUAUUUCAUACAAGUAGAAGCUAUCUUAGUAAUGAAUAUAAUUAACAAAAUUUAGGAUCAAUUUUUAAUUAGUUUGUCCAAUCCAGUUCUUUGCUAAAUACCUAUAAAUAUUUAAGAAUCUCGAUUCUAAUAAGUAAUUAAUCUGGAUGGUUGGAAUUUUGUUCCAAUUCUAAAUGCUAGUGUUAAUGCAUUUUCUAAUCUAACUGUUCAGCAAUCAUUUAUUCCAACAUGA